GUUGAAUGUGGGAUUUUAGGUAGUAAUUGAGUCGUUUGGUGAAAAUUUAAUUCGUUGUGGAAAACGUGCUUGCAGCAUUAUUUAUAAAUAUCAAGCCGCCACCCAUCGGACACAAGAAGGCAGAGACUUUCUAGUUGGUCCUCCAGGAGCUUAUAACUAAAGUUACUUGCUAUACAUUGACAUCACUUCAACUAAAUCAACAGUCCAAUUAAAUAAAGCAAUUCAGAUACGUUUUAAGAAAGAGCGUCAGAGGGGGCAUCCAUCUCUCGAGACCGAAUAAAUUAAGUUUUCAACUUCACUUCGGGCAUUUGAGCAACAUGCCUUAACUUCCGAACUGUUACAGAGUUUUGCUAGCAUCUUGGAAAUUAAAAGCGGUGGAAUACAUACAAUCCUCAAGGUCGAUUUAUGUGAGUCAUUCUCUCAAUAAUCUGUUUGAUAGAAUGCUACUCAUGAUUCCUCUUGGUAAAGCGUGGAUUCAAUUCCUUUUUCUGGAGUGGUCGUAAGUUGGUCAACAGUUUUCUAUGGACAGUGACAACAUUCAUUAUCAACAAUAUUUGUCACAUGGAUUAUUGGGAAACAAAUUAGUCCGUCCAUAACGGGUUAAUGGUUUACGUUUCAUCACAUGGAGCCUCAUGGUUAUACAUUUUAUGCUCAUAUUACCGUUUAUUACGUAUAUUUUCUUAAUGGGUGUAUUAUCCUCUAUUCUUAAAGAUCCCUGUUAUCGAUCACUUUUAUUUGGACAUGAACGGUAUACUUCACACUUGUUCACACCCAGAAGGUGGUAAAAUAAUCUUUUCGGAAGAGAUUAUAUUUCGAAAUAUUUGUCUAUAUAUUCAAUUCUUGUUCAACCUCAUUAAGCCACGUAAGACUUUCUUUUUGGCCGUGGAUGGUGUUGCACCUAGAGCUAAAAUGACGCAGCAACGUGCUCGCCGUUUCCAAUCUGCUUUAGAGGCUCGUAUUGCCAAAGAGAAUUUAAAAGAUAGUUCACCUGAGACCCACUCAUUCGACCCGUGUGUGAUUUCUCCAGGUACUGAAUUCAUGGAGCGGUUACAUCGUCAUAUUGUUACAUUUGUAGAAAAUCAUGUAAAUCAUGAUGCUGACUGGCAAUGUAUUGAUGUCAUUUUAUCUGGACAUGAUUGUCCUGGAGAAGGCGAACACAAAAUUCGGGAGUAUAUGGCAUAUCGUCGUGGUCUACCAAAUUACCGUCCUAAUGAGCGUCACUGUAUAUACGGAAUGGACGCUGACUUGAUAUUUUUGGGUUUGACAACUCAUGAAAUCAACAUUUGUAUCUUGCGUGAGAACGUUGUUAAAGCCCAAAAUUGUUCGGCUGAUAAUAAACCUUUCUGUAUUACUUAUUUGUCAGUUCUUCGGGAGUAUAUUGAUUUGGAAUUUACGGAAUUAAAGAAGACAUUGCCGUUUCCUUAUGAUUUGGAACGCCUGAUUGAUGAUUGGGUUUUUAUGGCUUUUCUAUUGGGAAAUGAUUUCAUACCUCACAUACCUAAUUUGCAUAUACAUGCGGAGUCCUUGUUAACUGUCUGGGAUACAUAUCAAGUUGUAUUACCGAAAUUGGACGGUUACCUUGUGGAGUUUGGAUAUUUAAAUCUUCCACGAUUUCAUAAAUAUCUGGAAGAACUUUCUCAGUUUGAGCGUGAUUGGUUCGAGGAACGUGAAGCAGCUUUCCAUUGGAUGCGAGGAAAACAAGGUGCUCGUAUGGCAAAUGAACUAGAAAAACUCGGUUUAUCAUCUGAGGAUAAUCAGAUGCCAUCUCAUAAACCUCUCAGUUCAACAGGGAAACGUUUCCCCGAAAUGACUAAAAGUAGUUUAUUAGAUAAGAAAGAUGAUUUCGAUCAAUUGACUGAUUUGAUAGAUUUAUUCGCACCUCAAUCUGAUUGUCAAUAUGAUAAUGUUAUGUUAGAUGAAGCCGCUGAAUUGAUGGAAGAAGGUGUUGUUGUUUCAUUAAGGACACAUGAUGAUAAAGUCAAGCAGUUAUGUAAUAAAAGUGAUCCGUCCAACAGAACUUCCCAUAAUAAUACACAUAACACAAUAGGCGAUAAUUAUGAUCAUGAGGAUAAUAUAGAUGAUGAAACAGAAGAGGAAAUAGAAGACGAGAAUGUCACCUAUGUUGAAAGUGAUACAGAUCUAGAUGAAGAUUUAUUAGUUUAUAAAAUGCAUCGACGUGAUUAUUAUUCCUCGAAACUUGGUAUACAACUUGAUGAGAUGUCAGGUGAUCUUGGUGAAAAUUCCACAUUAAUGUCUUUAAUUCAAGAUUAUAUCCGAAUGUUACAAUGGAUAUUGAAUUAUUACUUUCUAAAUGUGGCUGAUUGGGAUUUUUUCUAUGCUUAUCACUAUGCACCAUUUGUGCAUGAUCUUAUUUUAUAUACAAAAAAGUUUGAGAAUUAUCAAAAUUUCAAUGGUAUUAAAUUGUCUUGGACAAACUUUCAAACAAAUUCACAACCAGUUUUACCGUUUGUUCAACAAUUAAUGAUAUUACCAUCGGAUUCAGCUUAUAUAGUUCCAGCACCUUAUUGGGAAUUAAUGAUUUCUCCAUCUUCCCCAUUAGCUGAAUUCUUUCCUAGAGAAUUCGAAACUGAUAUUAAUGGGAAAAUAGCAUCAUGGGAGGCUGUAGUGUUAAUUCCGUUUUUGGAUCAGCAACUUCUCAUAGAUGCAAUGAAGGAUGGAAACACUAAACUAACUGAACAAGAAAAACAGCGCAACCAACAUAAAUCUCAUUUGUUUUAUCGUGCUUGUCCAGUUGGACGUGUAAAAUCUCCUGUAGAAUUAAUUAAUUAUGAUUUUUAUCGUAAAUCUGUCAAUUGUGGUGAAUCAGAAUUAAGUCAGUUUUAUGCUUCAAUCACUAGAUCUGUUGUUGAUGAUUUUCCAAGUUUAUCAAGACUACCGUUUACCCAUAAAAUUCAAAGAAUACCAGUUUAUGUUUUUGAACGCCCUAGUAAAUUAGAUAGUAUGGCGUUAACAAUGAAACCUCAUCCAGAAUUUUCAAAAUAUGAUAGCCUUGGUCAGUUAGCUGAAAGUAUUCUUGGGCGUCCUAUUCGUGUUCGUUGGCCAUUCUGUGCUACAGUGAUGCCUGUUCGAUUGAUGAGCACUAGCGAAAUCUGGGAACUAGUGGAUUUUAAUGUAGAACCGAUAAUUGAGUCUUCAAGCGAUUUGUCCUCCGAAUCCCUGCACUUUCGUCCACUUUCAUCGUCUGAAGACAAUAAUCAUGAAUUGGAUUGGAUAAAUAGCCAACUGUCAAGUUUAAAACACCAUUUUGAGAAACGUCGAGCAAUUUUAUUUGAUGACAAAAGUGAUAAUAAUGACUGUGAUGAUCUAGAUGCUCAUGUGAAUUUGAUACCAUCGUCAGUUCUAGUUUUUUCUCGUCCAUUAGACGGUUGGUCUGUAGUACCUGUACGAGCAAAUGAUUCGGAUGGUUUUACUCUUAUACCGAAUUUUGUUCGUUCGCGUGCUCAAAAUGGUGAUGAUUUAGAAUUGUCUAAUACACCAUUUGCAUCUUCAUUUAUUCAAUCAGAAAAUAUGAUUGACUUAUCCGGGAAACGAGAUAAAAAACGAAAAACACUUGUCGAAAAACCUUCAUUGAGUAUAGAACCUGCUUAUGGUCUAUCGGAUGGUUUGAAUCUAGACUUAUUAGAUGUCCUAUUACCUGGUAUACCUCCACCACCAUCAAUUGGAUGUGUUGAAGUUGACUGGGGUUAUACUAAAACAAUUUCACUCCACACAAUAUUUCAUCCUGGUAAAAUAGUGUUUAGUUUAGCCAAAGAAAGUUAUGGAUCAGUGGGUGAAAUUAUUGGAGUUGAUCAGAAGAAAGGUAAAGUUAUGGUACGCUUCUAUCCUGAUGUCUCAUCAUCAACUGACUUAACGGAAUUUUGUAGUCAGGUCGAAGAAUGGGAACAUGAUCAUUUUUAUACAAAUAUCAUGGUUGCAGAUCAAUUAAGUGUCCCAGUAUUUGUAGUGAAUCGAUUUACUGGCAGUUUGAUGGUUCAAAUUACUUCUGAAUCUUGUUCAUCAUGUGAAGAUAAUGACGGCAUUAUUAGUAAACAUAAUCAAUACGCUGAAACAUCAACUGAUAACAAUGCAGAAAAUAAUAUGGAAAAGAAGAAAUGUGGGCAGAAAUCAUUUGCUAAUAUUGGUUUAAACCUGAAACGGAAUCGUUCUGGUGCUCAGGUUUUAGGUUGGUCACGUUUUUGUACUGUUCGUCAUACAUGGUUAUUUUCUAAUAGAACUGUUGAUUUACUCAAGAAAUUCAGAGAAAAAUUUCCAGGUGUUUGGGAAGAAGUUUUAAAGUCGUCAGAUUCAUCUACAAAAAAUAAUGCAUGUAUAAAACUUGAUUCGAAAGAAGUUGACGAGAUUAUGGAAUUUAUUGCUAAUUCUGAAUGUAGAAGUGCUCCAGUUUUACCACAGAAAGGUAUCUACUUGGAUAAGGAAUGGUUACAAAAAUUAAAAUCAUUAUAUCUUAAAGACAUGGAUGAAACUGUAUAUGAACCGUUUGAUCGUCAAAUUUGGAAUAAAAAAUCUCCAGUAAAUUGUUCACCGACAACUUUGUUUGUUUCAGUGAAUUCAGAUACAAGAAUAUAUCCAUCCUCUUAUAAUUUAUCACCAUUCGAUCGUUGUUAUUAUUCAUCAAACUACUCGUCAGUGUUUAGUUCAUUCACAUUAUUGGAUAAAGUUGUUUAUAUUGGGAUAGGACAAAAUAUUCCAUUGGGAUUACAUGGGAUUGUUAUUGGUGUACCAUCUGGUGUAAGCUCUCAAAAGAGUGAACAAUUGGUAGAGAUCAUGUUUUGCCGAACAUUCACUGAUGCCAUAGAUAUUAGAGGAUCAGGUCCUGUAUGUGCACUGGUACAUCCAUCAAUGUUACUCAGACUACCAAAAAAAUGUGAUGAUAAACAUCAGUCAAUCUCUCAGCCGAAAUUAACUAGACCAGUUUCGAAACCUGUUCAAGUUUCAUGGGUUACUAAAGGACCUCCACGUAAUUACCGUCCAUGGCCAACUAAUAAUAAAUUUGAUCAAAAUACCUCUCAUAAAAAUAAAAUGGAUGAUGCAAAUCAUAGUAAUAUAUCAAAGGCUAGUCCCGUUCAUUCAUGGAAUUCAUCUAAAUUGAAAACUAAACAAAAACAACCACCACAACAACAGUUGGAACAACAAAAUAUUAAGCCUGCUAAAAACCUAUCGUCAACGGGAAAAGAUACGAUAAACAAGAAAACGCAAGAACUGGAUUGUCGACCACACUGUGUUGAUACAUAUUCCACUUUACCUACUCUACAGAAUAAAUUUAACCGUUCGCGAAGCAUAAGUGAACAUAAUACAAGUCUAGAUGAUAACAACGAUAAUGUAAGUCUAUCUAAUUUGUCACAUGAUGCAGAACAUAAUUCGCAUUUUUGGACUAUGCCAAGCCCACCGGACGUACCUCUCCCUCCAUCUUAUUGGUCUAAUAUUAACAAGCCUACACACGACUUGAAAUUAAAUAAUAAGACUAAAGAUGAUAAAGAAAAGAACCAACGGAGUAGGAACGAAAAAAGUACUGGGUCGUCUAAGAUUAAAUCGCGUUCUCGUCAUUCUGCAGAACGUAAUCAAAGAAGUUCUAUUACUCGUUGUGAUAAUCGUCCAUGGUUAAACCACAACAGUGAGGUUUGUCAGAAAGCACCAACUCCAGUCAUGCCGAAACAGAUACCAAUGCGCGAUUUUGAAAGACAAAAUCUUAAUAGACCUCCAAACAUGAAUCAGUAUCCUCCUCUUAACCAAAUGCAACCUCAAUUGCAAUCUGCAUAUCAACCACUGCCAUUUCUGCAGUUUCAACGGGUAAUGCCAUCUACAGUAUACCCGAUUAAUAUGAUGACUCCGUAUCUGUAUGGUCAAAGAAUGCCUGAUUCUUCCUAUAUUUCAUAUCCUUCCUAUUCCCCUUCGCCUAUUUAUCCACCUAACUUUGUAAAUCGUGCACCUAUUCCUCAGUUUCCAUUGAUGUCGAAUCCUAAUGCUCAGGUUUUUAACUCUACAAUGAACUACGAGAAUACUCACCGGUUUAACAACCCGCCGAUGCAAUCAUAUGGAGAAAGAAACAGUCAGGAUUCCUUCCGUCCUCCUGCUAAACAGGAUCUACCAUCUAACCGAUCAACUACACCUCAUCAUAAUGCUAAUCAGUCAAGACGUUUUAUUCCUCCUCAGGUUUCACGAACGCGUCGACCUUGAAUUGGGAAAACAUUGCUUUUCCUAAAGACAAUCACUUUUAAUUGCUCGUUCUUCUUUUAAGGGAAAGUCAUUUGUUUCUUUUCCAAACUUCUUCCAGAACAUUUUUUGUUUAGAUUCCCUUAAAAUGUAUUAAAAUGUUUAUCGAAUUGGGACUGAUAUAAUGUAUUUGAUAAUGAAUGCUUUUUUACGGGUUGGUUUCCAUCCUUUCAAAAUUCGUUGUUCGUUUAUUAAUUAUAUUUGUAUAACAUUUUUUUCUAACAACUAAUUUAAAAAACCUAAUUAAAAUAAAUGUUCAAGUCCAUAAAUGUUAUCCUUUUGAAUGUAUGGAGACUAUGUGAGUAAAUUGACGAUUUCAUGAUGUCUUCUGUGUUGUAAUGGACCGAUAUCAUACGAACGAUCCUUAUUUCAUUCGACAACCACUAAAUCUAAUUUAGUAAAUAAUGGUACUGUUAUUUUCUAUGUAAAUUGAACACACAAAUUAACAACUUAGUACAUAAAUAACGACGAGUUUGCUUAUACUAAACACAUUGCCAGUUGUUAAACUAUUCAAGAACUUCUUACAAACAAUAAAUGGUAAUUUUUUACAUUCAAUGUCCAAUCUCUUUUAAUUAAAACGUCU